CGGAGCGCCGUGGUGCUGAGCUGAACAGCGCCUAUAUCCACCUGCAGUAGCGCAGGACCAACCGGGACAAUAAUCUCUCCCAUUCUUCAGAUCCCUGCUACCUAAAGCACAUCUCACAGGAAUUAUAACCAACAUCUUCCUCAUCUGCUCCGCGCGUGAUGGCAAAUAUGAAAGCAGGCUUCGCGAUUGUUGUGGCGUGUGCCUUAGUUGUGAGCGCAUCUUUGGGGAGACACGGAAACGCUCAGACCAUCGCUCCAUGCCGACCAGGUUUCUCCCAGAGCUUCUACACUGUGUUUGUCCCCAGGGGUGUGCUGCAAGGCCAGAACAUUCACAAAGAUACCCUGCUGUCUUCUGGCCAUGUAAAGUUCGAAACCUGCCAGCAAAUAGAGAAGGUUUACUUUGAGAGCAGUGACCCAAAGUUCAGCGUUCAGCCGGACGGCUCUCUUUACAUACAGCAAGAUGUGGCGAACCUAACCGAACCGAUCCAGUUCAUGGUGACGGCCAGAGACAUCACAGACAAGCGUAUCUGGGAGACCACUGUUAAACUCGCCCUUGCUGAACACCCACCAUCACCUCCUAUUAACCAGAUUGCUGGGGAUGGUUUCUAUGGGGGAUCCUCCGACAACACCUAUCAAAAUCCUAGGCUCAUUACGUUUCCACGACAACACCAACGGGGCUCCACCCAUGGGCUACGACGACAGAAGCGAGACUGGGUCAUUCCACCAAUCAACGUGCCUGAAAAUUCCCGAGGUCCCUUCCCUCAAGUUCUUGUCAGGAUUCGAUCAGACCAGGACAAAGAGAUUGAGAUCCGGUACAGUAUAACAGGAGCAGGAGCAGACCAGCCUCCUGGUGACAUCUACAUCAUCGACCCUGUGACAGGGAAAAUGUCUGUCACCAAACCUCUGGACAGAGAGGAAAGAGCCUCCUAUCAUCUCAGAGCCCAUGCAGUAGAUAUUAAUGGGAACCAAAUGGAGCCUCCUAUUGAUCUAUACAUUUAUGUCAUCGACAUGAAUGACAACAGACCCGAGUUCAAAAACCAGGUGUACAACGGAUCGGUCGCGGAAGGGUCCAAGCCUGGCACUUCUGUAAUGCAAGUAACGGCCUUUGACGCCGACGACAGCACCACGGCAAAUGGGCUCGUGCACUACCGCAUCCUCAGCCAGACGCCGCACAUCCCCAUUCCCAAUAUGUUCACCAUCAACGGAGCCACCGGAGAAAUCAGCACCAUCGCAGCAGGCAUUGACCGUGAGAAAGUGUCACAGUACAGCGUCAUUGUCCAGGCCACAGAUAUGGAGGGCAGCUUGAACUUCGGUCUGUCCAACACAGCCACUGCCCUCAUUUCCAUCACAGACAUCAACGACAACCCUCCCGAGCUGGAUGCUAAAACGUUCCUAGGGGAGGUUCCGGAAAAUGCCGUGGGUGUGGUUGUGGCCAAUUUGACGGUGCGAGACAAGGAUCAGCCUCACACGCCCAACUGGAACGCCGUCUAUAGGAUUGUGGGAGGAGAUCCCAUGGGACAUUUCGCCAUACGCACUGAUGAGAUCACCAAUGACGGAAGGGUCAUUGUAGUUAAGCCGGUGGACUACGAGCGAAACGGAGCCUUCAUGUUAACAGUGGUGGUCUCGAACCAGGCUCAUUUAUCCAGCGGGAUCCCCUCAUCUCUGUCCUCCACUGCUGGUGUUACUAUCACGGUGUUGGAUGUUAACGAGGCUCCUGUCUUCCCAUCCAACCCUAAAAUCAUACGCUUUGAAGAAGGAGUGCCUGCCGAAACCACCCUCGCUACCUUCGCCGCACUAGAUCCAGACCGCUUCAUCCAGCAGACUAUCAGGUACUCCAAACUUUCAGAUCCAGCCAACUGGCUGAAAAUCAACAGGACCAAUGGAAGGAUCACCACGACGGCGGUUCUGGACCGGGAGUCACCAUAUAUGAAGAAGAAUGUUUAUGAAGCUACCUUUUUGGCCGUGGACAAUGGUUCUCCUCCGGCCACAGGAACCGGGACUCUUCAGAUUUACUUGAUAGAUGUGAAUGACAACAUGCCCGUCCUAGUUCCGCAAGAGGCUCUGGUUUGCGAGAGGUCAAGACACGGAUAUCCGGUCAACAUCACGGCGUCUGAUUUAGAUACAGAACCCAACGCUGGGCCAUAUGUCUUUGAGCUGCCCUCUUACCCGUCUUCUGUUCGCCGUAACUGGACCAUCUCACGGCUCAAUGGAAAUUAUGCCCAGUUGAAACUGCGGAUCCCAUACCUGGAGUCAGGCGUGUACCGAGUUUCCAUUGUAGUCUCAGACUCAGGAAACCCUCCCCUGUCCAACACUUCGGUCUUGAAGGUGAAGGUGUGUCCCUGCGAUGAAAACGGAGACUGUACUGUGGCCGGGGCGGUGACUGUCGCCGGGCUGGGGACCGGAGCUAUCAUCACCAUCCUCAUCUGCAUUAUUAUACUGCUCAGCAUGGUGCUGUUCUUUGUGGUAUGGGUGAAGCGCAGAGAGAAGGAACGUCAGACCAAACCUCUAUUGAUCGAUCCUGAAGAUGACGUCAGAGAUAAUAUUCUGAAAUAUGAUGAAGAGGGAGGAGGAGAGGAAGAUCAGGACUAUGACCUAAGUCAGCUGCAGCAGCCCGAGUCUCUGGAUCAUAUAAUGAGCAAGCCUGCAGGUGUGAGGAGAGUGGACGAGAGACCCGUUAUCCUAGAAUCUCAGUAUCCUGUCCGGCCAACGGUACCACACCCAGGAGACAUCGGGGAGUUCAUCAUUGAUGGUCUGCGUGCAGCAGAUAAUGACCCCACCGCUCCCCCCUACGACUCCCUGCUGGUGUUCGACUACGAGGGCACCGGCUCCACAGCAGGCUCUGUCAGCUCCCUGGACUCUUCCAGCUCUGGGGAACAGGACUAUGACUACCUCAACGACUGGGGUCCGCGCUUCAAAAAGCUGGCGGACCUCUACGGAGGAGGGGGAGAGGACUGAAGGUGCCAGUUAGAAGAGGGCAGAGAGGAACAGAGAGGGCCAGGAGGGACAAUUAGCUUCUCGGUUGAAGCGUUUUAUCGAGAAGCCGUACGCCAAGCCUCCGACGCAGGCUGACUUUCUCUCAAAGUAGUUCCACUGUAAGCUAUGGAGCCAUCGAGAGGGGAAGGAUAUUGCCCUGCAGCCUGCUCUGGACCUUUGCUGCAAUCUAAUCAAGUAUUUUAUGGCUUUUUACAAUAUUUCGCGUUGUGGUUUCUUCAGUGUUGUUUUGUCAUUCCUCUCGGACUGCCUGGAGACGGAAGAUGGAAUCGAGAUGUGAUGGAAACAGCGAACUCCGCACGCACGAAGAAAACAAGUCAGAGUGCUCUUUCUCUGUUUGCUUUGUCACAAAGAAGAGUUCCACACACACACACGUUUUCUCGCAACUUGAAUUUCAGUAGAACAGAAGCACUGUUGUUGAUAAAGUGCCUUUUGUGGUGUGUUUUGUAUCGGACUCCUGCAAUCUCAGGGUCGGUUGCCAUUUUGAAAAGUUUCUUCUGGGCGCACGUCCUUGUUCUUGUCCGCUCCGAUAUUUUUCUUUCAUCCCUGCAUCAGUGGUGCAACGCCUCUUUGAGUACCACGUGGGAAAACAAACAAAAGAAACUGAGAAUGUUUUGUCAAGACUUCUGGUGAUAAACACAGGUCUCAUCGAGAGACUCAUUUUCCCGUAAGAAAUCUCAUUCUCCCGUGACAAAUUGGAGCGUAAGAAGUACAGUGAUCCAAUUCUGAAAUCAUAAUUUGUUGUUGGUUUUUCAAACUUGACCGACCGCGACCAUAUAAUGUUAUGUUGUGUAAUGGUUGUGUAAAAACUCAAGGUCUUUAUUUUAAAAGAAGAAAAAUCAGUAAUGGAGAAUGCCUUUUAGCUCAUACUCUUGCCUGCCUUGUACGAUUUUGUGUUGCGUUCCGAUUUGUAAAGGUAAUUUAGGCAUGACAAGUUAUCAGACAGCGAGACUAGAAGAGAUGGCUGAAGAAACCCGACUCUAAACGGAUUGCAUCAGAAGAAACCUCUUUUUUUUCUGUCUUGAACAUUCCCCUUUUCUAACUUUAUAAGUUGAUUAAAAUAUUAUACGUGCAUGACUUCUUUCAAGAACAAUGUCUCGGAUCUCUCGCACUUGUUCCUCUGUGGUCAGAAUGUGAAAAGUAGUUGGCAAAGAAUAUACACCAUACAGAAUAAAUAUACUCUGAGAAAAAUUAAAAAAAAUGAACAAAAGUGUAAAAAAAUACUGUAAAAUACAUAUUUUUGAAGUAUGAUCUGAAACAUUUGCUGCUCUUCAAGCUCUGAAUUGGGCUAAAUGACAAUGUCUGGGCCCGUCUGGUUUUAAUCGUGUGUGUUUGUAUGCGAGUGUGCGCGUGCGAGUGUGUUUGUUUGUCUAUAUCGUGUAGGAUUUUUAAAUUCUCUUUUCUACGUUUGUGUUUUGUAUUUCUUUUCUUAGGUUUUAAGUUCUGUUUUAUGAAAAAUGCAGCAGCGUUUUUGUCCUGUCUUGCUGACGAAAGUCUGUUUCGUAUGUUCCGUCCCCGGAUAAGGGUCUAAACCUGCAUUGCAGAGAAGCUUAAACUCAUGCCUGCUCCACCAUUCAGUGUAACUGAUUUCUCUUUCCAUUCAUCUCAAAUAUUGGAUGUGCUUUAGAGAAUAAACAAUCACAGUUUUUAAAAAAAGAAGCGUUUGAAAACCAUGGUCUUUGUCCUGUUCACAAUAGUCCCAUGUCUCUUCCUCACUUUGAUAUCCAUCUUUCGUGUAACCUCUGACUUUAUUACAUCAUCGAGUGACAAUUGAAUUUUGUUGAUACUCUCAGUGUGGGAUUUCUGAUUAAGCCACAAAAUCAGGCCGUUCCUAAAAUGGCAGCGUGAUUAUGACUACAACUUCUAGAUUUCCAUGCAUUACCAUUAUAUUAACAUGGAGUUAACAUAAUUUUGGAUGAAUGCUCCUCCUACACAUUUGCCUUUAGAAGCAUUAAUGAUGGACCACUUAUCUGAUAGAAAGUUUUCCAGUCUUUUCACAUGUAUUUAAAUGAAAUUCAUUCACAUGACCCAGUGAAAGGUCAGUCUACUCAAAGGGCAUCUGGCAUAAUUAAAACAUAAGGCCCGUGACUAAAGAUGAAUAUCUGAGAGGAGAUUAAAACUGAAGACCAUAAACUUUAUGGAAAUUAAAAUUGGGUGUAAAGAUUCACGUGUCAUAAGAGUGAAUUCUCUUUAGGGACACAUUUGGUGAUUAUUUCAAAGUUUUUAUGAUAUUCAGAUGAAUCUAUUGAUAAAAAAAAUUUCUUUUUAGCCACUGCAAAGUUUAGUUCCAACCGUAAUGAAACAAAAGCUCCUGUAAUCCUGGUGUUUAGAUAGUCUAUUUUAUUAAGGUUGGAGCUUAACUCAGCAAAAUGGUUUCCCACCACAACCAAAGCUGAAUAGACCUGUCAUAUAUCUGUAGCCCUAAUAGAACCCUCAUUUAUUGU